AUGUUGAACGUUAAACAGUGUUAUGCAGUAUUUCUUUUGAUUCUGUGUUUUAAAUAUGGCGCCACAAUCAAUUGUGAGGCUUCUGGAAGUAACACGGAAGCUAAGCUCCUCAAGAAUCUGUUCUGUCCCAAUUAUGACAAAAGCGAACGACCCGUGAAGGAUCAUAACACGGCAGUCAAUGUUACAAUGGUUAUGCAUGUUCAGAACUACGAUGUGGAUGAAGGAAGAUCAACACUAUACCUAUAUGUGUGGAUGGCCAACUCCUGGAAGGAUGAGUAUCUGACCUGGGAGCAAAGUGAGUACGGGAUUAAUAAAUUAAUCAUCGAAUCAAGUGAGAUAUGGCGUCCAACGUUUGUUGCAUUUCACAAUUUGAAAAGUGGCAAUGGCGAUAGCGCUUGUGCAAAUCAUCGAUGUGAGCUGAAGCCUUCCGGAACGGUGUUGUGUGUUCCUCCGUGCCAGUAUGAGGCUCUCUGCGUUAGCAACACCGUUAACUGGCCGUUCGAUAAUCUCAAAUGCACAAUGUUCCUGGGCGCUUGGCUGGAAGAUGUGAAUCAAGUCAACAUCAGCCGAAAAUCCAACAUAACGACAGGAGACAUUGAGAUGUCGCAUGCUGAAUGGAAGAUCAAAUCCGCAGUUAUAUUACACAUCUUCUUGCCAGACAACACUAGCUAUCCAUCGUUGGAGUACAUCAUAACAUUGGAACGCCAUAUUGCUAUCUAUGGUGCUAUUCUAACACCUGGAUUCCUAUUGAUCAUAAUUAAUUUGGCAGUGCUUUGGAUGAACAGCGGUAGCACUGAGCGGUUUUAUAUCCUGUGUGCAACUUGUAUGGGUCACUUUACGUACAUGAACUAUCUGUACUGGCGUGUGCCGUACCACGGAGAAAACGUACCCAAAAUGCUAAUCUUCUUCCGCGAUUCGCUGAUAAUCAACGCACUGAUGUUAAUUUUCACAAUCAUUUUGAGACACACUGCGCCAAAGGAUGAUAAAUCGGAACGGUUUGUCGAUAAAAUAGCCUUCAAAAUAGCUUCUACGAGCUUGGGAAAAGUGUUUCUUCAAACGGACACCCUGCAAACAGGCAUAACCGAAGAAGGAAAUGGAGAUACAGAGAAUUCUACCACGUCGAGAUCAGAUAACGUUGAUGGUGAAACUGUGAAUCUAGUUACUGAUGUGCCAGAUAGACAUGCACCAACUACCCGGGUAGGAUGUGCAGAACUGCACCGUACCAGAGUUACCAACGUUUUUAUGGAUAGGAUAUUGUUUAUAUGUUUUGUUUUGUGUUACGCAUGCAUGAUAUUCGGCCUUCUUCCCAAGGAAAAUAUAUAA